CUGAGGCUUUUGUUACUAUUUUUACCAGCUAGAUUGGAUCAUCGCAGCCUAUUAACAGUUUUUGGCAGUAACAGCGCCAGUUAUUGGCUGUUGGAGGCAAGAAAUGUGACGUUCUUUGUGAUUAUGUAAAAGCCAUCAUGAAAUAUUGACUGCAGUUUCAUAUAUUUGAUCACUUGUGUAAAAAAAAAAGAAAAAUAACUGUCAAAUCAGGCGAAAGCUCUUCCCUCCUCCUCCAAAUUGUCUGUCUUUGUAGUACCACUAGGCAACAGCGAGUGCAUCAUUGGAGCCGUGGAAGUGCGCAGGAGCCGCGCAGCGGAAUCAAAUGGAAAGAAGCUGCCAAAAGAGCAUCUGAUGGAUCUCCGCGGUCGAACCACGAGAAUCCAGUCGACGUUUUUCUGAGAGAGGGGAAGAGGUCCCCGAAAAGCAGCCUGGCAGUCGGCGUCGACGCGCGCCAGCCCCAAAAUGACGACAGCGGGACGGUGAUUUUUUUUUUUAACGUUUUUAUUAUUCUUCCUCCAGCUCGUCGCUUUCUUUGCGGUCACAUGCUUGGAUGCAGCUCAUAUGUGUUCACGCCACGCCAGAAAAAAGAAAACCGGAGGAGGACCGGAAAACUUACCGAUCUCCGACGCGGCCGCGAGCGCGCGCAGACACGUCUCACCCCGAAGCCUGCGACUCGUCGAGCAGAGAUAUCGGGGCUUUUAAUGGAGCUCUGAGGGACUCCCAACUUUGGCGUGAGAACUUAUACUCUGUGAGUGCGCUUCCCCCGACGGGCGAUGACUAAUCCACGACGCGGCAGCCGAUAAACCCGCAGAAGCCGACUGCGACGGGCGCGUUUGGAUUUCACAUCCCGUGCGUCGCUCGCGCCGUCAUAUGGCUCCUGUCCUCGGGGUUUGUGAACUGUUCCCAGAUUACCUGACGUUCCAUGGCUGUCGUGCACGGCACCAGUAGCGCGUGGCGAGAGAGGAGGAUGCAAGAGUAACUGGGGGCGAAGCACCGCGCACUUUUAUCGCCUUAUUCCCAAAGAGGAGACGGUUGCGCGCGGGCAUCAACGACUGCAGCAACUACGACCCAGACCUUUUUUUUUUUUCCUCACCCAUUUUUUUUUUUUUUUUUGCACUCGAACGAAUCCUUCGCUAUUCCUCUCGCUGCUGCCAUCGUAGUAUGUCUGCACUUCGAAAGAAAUUUGGGGACGAUUAUCAGGUAGUGACCACCUCAUCCAGCGGGUCUGGAUUCAACCAGCCUCCCCCCGAGAAAAAGAAGAAGAGGCAGCGGUUCGUGGACAAGAACGGGCGAUGUAACGUCCAGCAUGGGAACCUGGGUGGUGAAACCAGCAGAUACCUCUCAGACUUAUUCACGACACUAGUAGACUUGAAAUGGCGCUGGAAUCUCUUUAUUUUCAUCCUCACCUACACGGUCGCCUGGCUCUUCAUGGCCUCUAUGUGGUGGUUCAUCGCGUACAUUAGAGGAGACCUCAACAAAGCGCACAAUGACAAGUACACGCCGUGCGUGGCCAACGUCUACAACUUUCCCUCAGCCUUCCUCUUCUUCAUAGAGACCGAAGCCACUAUAGGAUAUGGCUACAGAUACAUCACAGACAAGUGCCCCGAGGGGAUCAUCCUCUUUCUUUUCCAGUCGAUCCUCGGAUCGAUCGUCGAUGCCUUUCUGAUCGGCUGCAUGUUCAUCAAGAUGUCCCAGCCCAAGAAGCGGGCCGAGACGCUGAUGUUCAGCGAGCACGCGGCGAUCUCCAUGCGCGAUGGGAAACUCACGCUCAUGUUCCGCGUGGGCAACCUGCGCAACAGCCACAUGGUCUCCGCGCAGAUCCGCUGCAAAUUGCUCAAAUCUCGCCAGACGCCCGAAGGAGAGUUCCUCCCUCUGGAUCAGCUGGAGCUGGACGUGGGCUUCAGCACCGGCGCCGACCAGCUCUUCCUCGUCUCGCCGCUCACGAUCUGCCAUGUGAUUGACACCAAAAGCCCCUUCUACGACCUCUCCCAGAGGUCCAUGCAAACGGAGCAGUUUGAGAUUGUAGUGAUUCUCGAAGGAAUCGUGGAGACCACAGGGAUGACUUGCCAAGCGAGGACGUCUUACACCGAGGACGAGGUUCUGUGGGGACACCGCUUCUUCCCGGUCAUUUCCUUGGAGGAAGGCUUCUUCAAGGUGGACUACUCGCAGUUCCAUGCCACGUUCGAGGUGCCGACCCCCCCGUACAGCGUGAAGGAGCAGGAGGAGGCGCUGCUGCUGUCGUCGCCGCUCAUGGCGCCGUCCCUGUGCAACAGCGGCGAGAAGAACAGCUCGCUGGACUGCCUGGAGACGCUGGAGGACAAUGACAGCACCACCAAGCUGCCCACCAAGCUCCAGAAGAUCACGGGCCGGGACGGCCUGCCCAAGAAGCUGCUGAGGAUGAGCUCCACCACCUCGGAGAUGACGUACAGCUUCGGCGACCUGCCCAUGAAGCUUCAGCGGAUCAGCUCCGUCCCCGGCGUGUCCGACGACAAGCAGACGGGAAAGGCCUCCAAGAUCAGCACGGAGCCCAUCAGCAAGUCGGUGGCGGACUUGCCUCCCAAGCUGCAGCGGCUGGCCGGCGGAGGAGGGGGCCGCAUGGACGGACACCUGCCCCCCAAACUCAGAAAGAUGAAUUCAGACCGCUUUACAUAAAGCAGGCCACGCAUUUUAACUUACGCCACCCGACUUUAUUUCCUCACCCGAGGUCCUUGUACUACUACUAAUUUAUUAAUGGACAUGGAUAUUCUUAUAUUAAAGGAAAUGUAACAUGUGUGCACAGGUACCUUAUAUGAAGUAGGGUGACGGAAUUGAGCACAUUUGUCCGUGGAUGUGAGUGUACAUGCGACGAUGAAAGACCUCUAACUUUUUUUUAGGAUGAUGUACAAUUAGCACAAUCUGGCAUGUAAGAAACAGCGCAUGUAGAGCAGACUCUCUCCUUCUGGCAUGACAUUUAUCGAUAUAUUAUUUUGCAAAAAAACAAACAAACAAAAAAAACAGUUUCAUUGGUGAAUUUACAGACAUUGGAAAAAUUGCACAAAGCCAUACGGUUUAUGACGUGGGGAGGCCACAUUACAUGGUCGGAGUUCGUGGCGGCGAAAGGCACAUACGUUUGUUUUGAGUUGAUUGCUUUUGUUGUUUAAUGUAAAACUGUGGCAAUGUUACGUUGACUGCAUGCUCCUCUAUUUGACUUAGCUAUACAAAGGUAAUAGACAAAGAUGUUUAGCCUUAAUUAUAUUACCUUUUUUUCCAUUUUCAUGUUUGUUCACAGCUGUAUUUUUGGUAUUUCAUAUAUAGACUAUUUUACCAUGUGUGACUUUAUGACUUUAUUAGUUAUCAAAGACGACCUUGUUGCUAGCGGAUGCAUUUUCCAGCUUAAAAUGCAUCGUGGGCACGGUACGACCAGUCUGAACUGGGCACAAUGCUACGCAAUUUUCACUUGCUUAUUAAAGUAACACUUAAGUUGAAAGAGUCGACAUUUGUACGUGAUAAGCACAAAGCAACCGUCAUAUAAUCCCCUGUGAUAUUAGGAAGCAUUUAUGGGCAUUGUGUCAUAACUUAACUGCUUGGGGCAGUAGUUCAGUACUGUGCAAUCACUUUGUUUCAUGCUACUGUAAAACAAAAUCAACUUAAUCUACAGUAUAGGCCUGUGUGCUCACACCACACGCUGCAGGAUUUCAACUUAGGUGUUACUGGUUAGAUUUAGAGGUGGACCUAUAAGGAAAUCAUAAGCUUUGUCUUAAGGGCCCAUAAUCUCCCUCCUCUGUGAUGAAAGCAAUAAUAUUAUAAUGAAUAUAAUCUUUCUAUAGCCACAGGGUCUAUCACAGCCCCGUAUUCAUUAUGUUUACUGAAUUCAUGCCAUGAAAUCUGGUUUUCUCUAAAUGCAUCAAAGACAUUGUAUGAUACCCAACCUCUUCAGGAAUAAAGAUCUAAGAUAACUGUUAA